UCCCCGCCCAUCACGAACCCUACGGCUCAGACCGUGUGGAAGGCAGGAGACACGCAGACGGUGACUUGGGAUCUGUCAGGGUUGAACGGUGCUCAGCCGUCUAACCCUCAGGCUCAGAUCAUCCUCGGCACGUUCACCAACGGGGAGGAGCACCUGCUGCUCGACACUGUGCUCGCGUCAGGCUUCAACAUUCUUGACGGGAACGUCACUCUGACCGUCCCGACAGUUACGACGGGCAGCGACUACAUCGUCUGUUUGUUUGGCUCAUCUGGCGACAUCAGCCCCCCGUUCACGAUC